AUGCAAUACACAAUUAAGGAACAUGAAAUGAAAAAAAAAAAUUAUAAAACACCUAUAGAUUUUAUUGAAGAUUAUAUUAUAAUGUAUAGUAAACAGGCAAAGGUGCCUUAUAAACUUUACUUUAAAAAUUUAGAAUAUUCAAAAAUAUAUGAAAUUAGUUUAUUUAAUUAUCUUGUAGAAACAAAAAUUGAGAAUUAUCAAAUACUUGAAAAUUUGUUAAAAAAGAUGGUAGUUAUGCAAUGGUGUGAUCAUACUUUUUACAAUUUGACAUUAUCAAUAUUUAUAAAAGGAGUUGCUAUUGCUUUAGAUAAAGUUAUACAACAGGUAGAAGUACUGGAUUUUACAAAUGUUAAUUUUCUUUAUUUUUAUUCUAAUGCUAAUAUAAAUUUAUAUUUUGUUAUGGCAUUGAAGAUUGUUAAUUGCUUACAUAUAACAAAAGAGAACAAGAAUAGAGAAAUUAAACUUAAAAUUUUAGAUACUUUUUGGUUUUUACUUGUAAAAUGCUAUAAAGACAUAGAAAAUAUUAAUAGAGCUUUAACAAGUUAUAAUCAAUCUCAAUUCAUUAAUAAUGAAGAACUAAAAAAACGAGUAUUUAUUCCUGAAAUUUUAUUGGGAAGUAAAAGAAUAGAUAUUUAUGAACGAAAACAGUUAAUGUCUUGUAUUUUACAAGAAAUUAAAAUUAAAGCACAAAAAAUGUGUACAGAAAAAUUAUAUAUUUUUAUAGUAAAUUUAAUAAGUGAAUUAAUAAUACGAGAAAUUUGUGAUGAAUCAGAGCUUGUAGAUUUUCAUGAAUAUUCUAGGGAUUUACUAGACCAAUAA